AUCUGCACAUACAUACUAACACACACACACACACUAACACACUUAUCUGCACAUACGUGCACACACAAACACAGAGAAAGGAAAAGGCAACCCCCCAAUGAUGUACGUAUCAGAAUGUCUAAAAUGAAAAACUCUGGCCAUGCCAAGUGUGGGUGGCGAUGUGGGGCACCAGAAUGUUCAUGGUUUGCAGAAUAGGAGUGUGAAUUGGCCCAGAGACACAAAAGCAUGUGCCCUUACAAAGAUGAGUACAUGACCAUUCUGAGCAGUCUUAUUUGUGAGAGCCCCAAACUAGAGACUUACCCCCACCCAUUCAUUCCUGUAAGAAUGGAUAAGCGAAUCCUGCUACACUCACAAUAGACUGCCAUCCAUCAGGCAAGCAAGCUAUUCACACGGUAUGGAUGAGCUCAAACAAUUAUACUGAGGGAAGAAGCCAGACAAUAGUAAAAGGGCUAUGGUUCCAUUUGCAUAACAUUCUAGAAACUACAGUUGUUGUGUAGUGGUGGCCGGAUCUGUAGUUGCCUAGGGAAUGGAGGGGGAGAGGGAGGGGAAAUGGAAAGUAAAGAAACCACAAAGGACUUAAGAAAAUCCAUCUCAGAGGUUGGUGGGUAUGGGCGUUUUCUUAACGUGUGCUAAGUGUAUACAGGUGUCAAGAGUCAUCCAAUAGUACCUUUUAUGUGUUAGCUUAAUUGCAUGUAAAUUAUACCUCGACACAUGCACAUGAUGGUAAGACAGGUUUUUCUACUGCCAUGGCUGAGUAUCAGGGCUCUCCGGCAUCUCUCACCCCUCCAUUCAGUUUCUCAGAAGCCCAAAAGAACUCUGCUCUCCUUGAGAGCCAAUGAAUUCCUCUUUGUUUCAAAGCUCUUUCUGACUUGGUGCCUGCCUGUUGCCUGCAGUCAGAACUGUUCUGGGGAGACUAGGAUCUACCACUUAAGAGUGUGCCAAGAACACAGGUGGGGGGGGAGUGCCACCUCAUUCUGGGGACUCAGAACUGGGGGUGAGCUGUCAGGAGAUUUCCUAGAGAAGCUGCUGCCUGAGUUAAUAACUCAAGAAAUGGGAACUGGCUCUUUCCGCCAUCUUGGCGCCUGUGGAGGCCUGCUGGGAACAGGACUUCUAACAGCAAGUAUGUCUGGAAGGCUGUGGUGCAAGGCCAUUUUUGCUGGCUACAAACGAGGUCUCCGGAACCAGAGAGAGCACACGGCUCUUCUUAAAAUUGAAGGCGUUUAUGCCCGAGAUGAAACGGAGUUCUACUUAGGCAAAAGAUGUGCUUAUGUGUAUAAAGCAAAAAACAAUACAGUGACUCCUGGAGGUAAACCAAACAAAACCAGAGUGAUCUGGGGAAAGGUAACUCGGGCCCACGGAAACAGCGGUAUGGUUCGUGCCAAAUUCCGAAGCAACCUUCCUGCAAAGGCCAUUGGACAUAGAAUCCGUGUGAUGCUGUACCCAUCCCGGAUUUAAACUAAUGGAGAGUAAAUAAAUAAAAGUAGAUUUGUG